CCGGCGCAGCUAAACAAACCAGUGAACCCGACGAGCGACAAGUUUCUACGCCUGUUCCCAGCAUCUCCUCCUUUCUUUCUCUCGAGCAAGAGCCCAUCCAUAUCCCCCAUUCCCUCUCUGCCCAAGAAGACCAACCGGGCAACAACCCAAAGCCCACGAUGAGCUCGGAGCCGGAGGUCGUCCACAGCGGCGGGUGCCACUGCCGGCGCGUGCGGUGGCAGGUGGAGGCGCCGGCGAGCGUGGUGGCGUGGGUCUGCAACUGCUCCGACUGCUCCAUGCGGGGGAACACCCACUUCGUCGUGCCCAAGGACAAGUUCGCGCUCCAGCCCGGCGCCGGCGACUUCCUCACCACCUACACCUUCGGCACCCACACGGCCAAGCACACCUUCUGCAAGGUGUGCGGGAUCACCUCCUUCUACAUCCCGAGGUCCAACCCCGACGGCGUCGCCAUCACCGCGGCCUGCGUCGACCCCGGCACCCUGGCGCACGUCGAGUACAGGAAGGCGGACGGGAGGAACUGGGAGAAGUGGAUCGAGGGGAGCGGCAUCUCCGAGUUCUCCAAGCCUAAGGCCGCCGAGUAGGACCUGGCCUGGCCCGUGUUCGGUUCAGGAUUUCAGAGCCCAAGCAGCACACGAGAAACAGAGUUCUUGAAUUGACUGAAAACAAGUAUCACUACUAAGUACCAACAGUCUUCAUACGCUCAAGUGCUCAACAACACAAAGGGGAGG